AUGGCCGAGCUCAACAGGACGCUGCGUGCGCUCCUCGUGACGCUGCUCGUGUGCGCAGCCGCGAUCCCGCUUGCCACGUCGACCCUCUCUUCGCCCUCGCCUCUGGACAGCGACGUCGUGCACGAUGCCCCGCUCGGCCGCACCCUCGACCAGGUGGGCUCCGAGCUCGACGACGCGAGGCUGGUGCGCCGCUUUGUCAACGCGACGGAGCUGGCGGCGUGCAAGGACCUCGACAAGCUCGACAAGAAGGACAAGCGGAGCCAGGUCUUUUUCCCGCUCUCGUUCGAGUACGGCGACGGCAAGUCGCACUACAUGGCGAGCUCGGCGCAGCCGUCGGCGUGCGUCUACCGGCCCAAGACGGCCGAGGACCUGGCGGCGGCCGUCAAGCUCGUCGGCGAGCAGCGCGUGCGCUUCGCCGUCUCGAGCGGCGGCCACGCGAGCAACCAGGGCUUCUCGUCGACCAAGGGCAUCCACAUUACGCUGCGCGGCUUCGACGAGGUGAGCGUGGCCGCGGACCGCAGCUACGUCGACCUGGGCGGCGGCAAAAAGUGGGACGAGGUGUACAAGCAGCUCGACGGGACGGGCCUCAACGUCGUCGGCGGGCGCGUGCCUGGCGUCGGCGUCGGCGGCUUCAUCACGGGCGGCGGCGGCUACAGCUGGCUCACCAACCAGCACGGCCUGACGGGCGACACCCUCAUCCAGGCCGACAUGGUGCUGCCCGACGGCACCCUCGCCACGGCCAGCGAGACCCAGCACCCGGACCUCUUCUGGGCCAUCCGCGGCGGCGGCAACCAGUUUGGCAUCGUCUACCGCUACCGCCUCAAGGCCUACGCCCAGUCGGCCAAAAUCUACGGCGGCACGCGCAUCUACUCGGUCGACCAGCUGCCCGCCCUCGUCAACGCCACCUACGACUUCUCCGAGAACAACAAGGACCCCAAGGCCCAGGUCAUCACGACGCUCAACCACGUCGGCCUCGUCGGGCCGGGAGCCAUCCUGCUGGCCAUCUACGACGGCGAUCCGGGCUCGACCAACCCCUUCGCCGCGUUUGACAAGGUGCCCUCGCAGAAGCUGCUGGGCGACUUCAAGACGCAGUCGUUCAACGACGCCAUCAGCGGCGUCCCCUCGGGCCUCCAGGCGGGCCACCGCGGCCUCUUCCACUCAGUCAUGUUCCAGCGCUACUCGAAGCCCCUCCUCGACCAGAUCCAGAACCAGACCCUCUUCUGGGGCAAAAAGGGCCUGCUGCGCUCCCAGACGCUCGUGUCGUACGACAUCGAGCCCUUUCUCUCGUUCAAGGACAAGACAAAGGACGCCGCCUGGCCCCACUCCAACGACGCCCUGCCCCUCAACCUCUACGCAGCCUGGGACAACCCGGCCGACGACGCCUUCUGGCACAGCGCCAUGAAGGAGUCGGCCCGCGUCCUCGCCGACCAGGCGCGCGCAGAGGGCCAAAAGGUCGACGACCUCUGGCUCUACCCCAACUACCUCAUCGCCGACACGCCCGUCGAGAAAAUCUUUGGGCCCAACCUCGGCCGCCUGCGACAGGUCAAGCGCAAGUACGACCCGAACGGCGUCAUGAGGCUGGCCGGCUACUUUGACUUCUAG